AUGGCCGACCAUAAGAACGUUGGUAUCAGUGUUGUAAAUGAAAAAUAAAACCGAAAAAACUGUAUAAAAACGUUCAAAAAAACACUUUUUUUGAUUUUGAGGGAUUUUUUUCGAGAUUUUUUUCGUUCUAAUUGAGCUGAAGAAAAAAAUGGUGGCUUUUUUUCGAUUUGAAGAAAAAAAUUGAGAAUUACGAAUAAAAGAUUUUUUUGGAAAAAACUUUUUUUUAAAUAUUAGUUUCAGAGUGAAAAAGUAGUACUAGCUUUUAACCUUGAAACUGAACUUGUUAAUUUAAAAAAAAAUUUCUUCGUGUUUUAAGAAUGCUGACGCGACCGAGCAGCCGGAAGAGAAGGAGAAGCCAGUGAAGGCGCGCGGCAUCAAGGGAACGGUCAAGUGGUUCAACGUGAAGAACGGCUACGGGUUCAUCAACCGCACCGACACCAACGACGACAUCUUCGUCCACCAGACCGCCAUCAAGAACAACAACCCGCAAAAGUACCUGCGGAGCCUGGGCGAAAACGAGGAGGUGCUGUUCGACGUCGUCGAAGGCUCGAAAGGCCUCGAGGCGUCGAACGUGACUGGACCCGAUGGCGGCCCCGUCCAAGGAUCUAAGGUGCUUUCUUUUGAAAGAACUAUGGUCAAAAAUAUGUUUUUUUUUAGGUUGAUUUUUUUUUAAGUUGAUGAAAAAAUAACGAUUCAAAUUUAUUUUUCUAGCCUUUUUAUUGACAAAGGCCUCUAUUAGCACCAAGAGGUCUUUAUUAUUUUAAGCUUUUUGAGAAGAUUACUUUGAAAAUAAUGAUUUUUUAUCGUGAUUUAGUUGAAAGCAUUUUUUUAUAAUUUGUCAUUCCACUCGGUUUCCUACUUUAAUAUUCUUCAGCUAUCUGCUUUUCCGAGUUUACUGAAUUAUUCACAUUUCAUGCUUCAUGCUAAGGACGUCAGUAGAAUGACCAAUGUUCAAAAAUUUCAGACUUUAUUAGUGCAAAGUAUAUUUCUCGCUAGAUUUUAGAUAAUUACACGGAGAAUUUUUUUCUAGGCCGAUCAGAUAAAUCGGAUGAGAAGAAAUCAUAAAUUAUGUACUUGUAGAAGAAAUGAAGUUCUUUUCAGUACGCUUCGAAAAGAAAAUAAUUUUUUGCAGUACGCUGCCGACCGCAACUCAGAGCGCGGCCGUGGAGGCUUCCGUCGACGUGGAUUCCGCGGCGGACGUCGCGGCGGUGCCAGCGGCAACAACAGCGAGUCCAACGACGGCCCUCAAGAAGACGGCGGAGAACAGAGCGCUGAGGAGGGCGGCCAACGUCGUCGUGGACGCGGUGGCUUCCGCGGCCGAGGCUUCCGUGGUGGAUUCCGUCGCGGAGGUGGCGGCGGUGGCAACGGCGGCGAGGAGUACGGCCAGGAGCAGCAGGUGCGAAUCAAACCCUUUAUGCAGAAAUAGAGAUUAAAAAGUUUGAUGAAGAAAAUUAAGAUUACUUUAAAAAAUUGAAUAACGCGAUUUUCGUCUUGCUGAUUUUUCUAUUGCCACGUAAAAUUUUUUUAACACUACCUUUUUUGGACUCGGAAUAUACCAUUAGAAUCGAAGAUGCUUGAAUAUUUUCUAAAAAUUACUGCGUCCAGCUGAAAUUUUAAAAAAGCAUUUCCGGUCUAGCUCUAAUAGCGCUGAUAUCUCAAAUUUUAGUUUUGAAGGCCCAGAAAUAUGAAUGCGGAUCUAAACUAUCGCUUUCCAGGGAGGUGAAAACUCGAACGGCGGAGGUCGUGGACGUGGCCGCGGAUCCGGACGCGGCGGCCGUGGUCGCGGACGUGGCGGUCGCGGAAACGCUGGUGGCAACGACGAAUCGCGCGCCUAA